AUGUCAGGAAAAAAAGGCGAAAACGUCUCACAGACGAGGCGGCGGAUAGUCCCUGCGCAGCCUGUGCCAGACACGGGACCCCGCCAUGCUCCUGUCGCUUCACCGGCCUCUCAGCGCACGUUCUUCUUUGUUGACGACAAGUCUUCCAGCAAGGGGAAACGUGCACAUGUCAUGAAGCACCAUAUCCAAGAGAAGAAAAAGGAGCAGAGAAGAUUGCUCUCGCAGGUGGUGGUUGCGCAGGGAGCACGCGGGGCCCGGGCGUUGCCAUGGACGAGAAAGCCAGACGAGCCAUCGCAGCCUGCAGCAGACACGAACAAGACGCACACCUUUGCGCUACGUACAAUGACUCCUGUUGUGUGGACUGAAGACACGGAUAAGAAGAACGAUGCGCCCCUUCCCGUCAAGGCACCACCGGCUCCGACUCACAGUGGGUGCCUUCUUUGCCACCAAUUCACAAUAAGCGCAUCGAGGACAGAUCCCUUCUGCACCUUGCCGAUGGAUAUCACGGAUGAAUCGCAGCAGCUUGUGGACUGUUGGACGAAGAAGCUGGCGUACUGGUCGGGCCAAAAUACGCACAUGAAAAUUGCUGGUUUCAAGCAAGCAAUCCUCAAUCCAAUGACCUUCCAUGUCGCGAUUCUUACUUACUGUGCCCGGUAUAAAGCUCACGUUUUCGGCGCAGAGCAGACCCCGCAGUCUAUUCAGUACCUCUCGACGGCGGAGCGCUCGCUUGCGCGAUAUAUUGCAAACGCAAGCGACCCUUACGAUCAAAACAUCAUCAUGGCGUUUGCAGCUCUGUCGCUUCAAGAGGAAAGAUAUGGGUGUAAGGAGAAAGCGAUGAAACUCGUCAAUCAAGCGAUGGUCCGGCUGAGACCUCGUGCGGGACAAUAUCAUUUUCAGGAUGUUUACGUGCACUACGUUCGCUAUACCAUGUCUCCGCGGGGCACCGUACGCAAUCCGGCAGAUGCACAUCUGCUAUUAUCUUUUCUUCGUAGCGCUGAAUCUGCGGCACAGGACCAUCAAUUUAUCUCCCAGAUUCCUAUCAGGGAAGAGAUUUUUCAAUUCUCGACGCCUCUCCACCUUCUUCUCUCCUCCGGGCCACAACCCAGCCAUGUCCCGAACGAAGAACGAAAAUGGGUCGUCAAAUACGGUUCACUACAUGACUUUUGUCGCAUCGCAUCGUUGAUCUACAUCACCGCCGCUUUACUGGACUACCGCGGCUCAGCCGACAGGACAGCCCGAUUCCUGGAACAGCUACUUGAGAGAGUCGACCAGCAUCGCCUCAACCGCUGGCCAUCGACAGAAACGCUGGUAUGGAUGCUCCUUGAAGAGCCUGCCAGCCCUGAUUUGAAAAAUCCGCAGCGUGCCUGGCUUGUAGGCGACAUGUUGGAGGUUGUUCGAAAGUUACCGUGGCAACUGAACUACCAGUUUAGCGAACUGUUACUCAGGUAUCUGAUGCUGAGGCCGCCAGACCUUGAAAUAUCAUUGAGUCGAUUCGAGCGAGAUCUAUGGGCGCACCUCAGCCCACAGGAAGCAGUUCCUACAAUUUUUGGCUGA